AUGAAGCAGAGGCAGAAACAGGCCGCAGUGAUUUUGCACAAUGCCUAUUUGCAUGGGCUCAAUGCAGAUGUGAAUCAAAAUAAAUCAAUUUCGCCAAGUUUUGUGCCCACUUUAAUCACGCCACCAGUGUUCAAUCACCUUCUCAUGGGCCCUGCCCUAGCCAGGGAUGGCUGCUUGAAUAAUCGACCUACAACUCUGUCCGGUGGUGCAGUACAAUUAGCAGCUACAGUGAUCCAGCCGUUAGACUACAGCGCAAGGGUAUCUCGAGCAAACUCAGCACGUCCAAAUUUUGAUAGCAGCGCUCGUGCACUGAAAAAUGGACAUUCCAUCGACGCACACCAAUUGACGAGUAAGAAU